GCGGCGAGGGGGCGGAACGAAGAUGGCGGCGGCGGCGGCGGGCACGGGGGAGGCGGUGUGAGAGGCCCCCGCGGCCCCCUCCCCGAGCAGGAGGAGGAGGAGGAGGAGGAGGAAGAGGAGGAUGGCGGAGGAGAAGAAGCUGAAGCUGAGCCACACGCUGUUGCCGGCCGAGUCCAUGAAGGUGAUGGCCGAGGCCAUGGGCAUCGGGCAGGUGCCCGAGGAGACCUGCCAGCUCCUGGCCGACGAGGCCAGCUACCGCCUCAAGGAGAUCGCCCAGGAUGCCCUUAAGUUCAUGCACAUGGGGAAGAGGCGCAAGCUGACGACGGGGGACGUCGACUUCGCCCUCAAACUCAAGAACGUGGAGCCGCUCUACGGCUUCCACGCGCAGGAGUUCAUCCCGUUCCGCUACGCGAGCGGCGGCGGCCGCGAGCUCUACUUCUACGAGGAGAAGGAGGUCGACCUGAGCGACAUCAUCAACACGCCGCUGCCCCGCGUCCCCCUCGACGUCUGCCUCAAGGCUCACUGGCUCAGCAUCGAGGGGGUGCAGCCCGCCAUCCCCGAAAACCCCCCUCCAGCCCCCAAGGAGCAGCAGAAAGCCGAGGCCACGGAGCCCCUCAAAUCCACCAAGCCGGGCCAGGAGGACGACGGGGCCCUGAAGGGCAAAGGUCAGAGCGUGGCUGCCCCCGAUGGCAAAGGGAAGGAGAAGAAGGGGCCGUUGCUGGAGGGGGCCCCGCUGCGGCUGAAGCCGCGCAGCGUCCACGAGCUCUCCGUGGAGCAGCAGCUCUACUACAAGGAGAUCACGGAGGCCUGCGUGGGCUCCUGCGAGGCCAAGCGAGCCGAGGCCCUGCAGAGCAUCGCCACCGACCCUGGCCUCUACCAGAUGCUGCCGCGCUUCAGCACCUUCAUCUCGGAGGGGGUCCGCGUGAACGUGGUGCAGAACAACCUGGCGCUGCUCAUCUACCUCAUGCGCAUGGUGAAGGCCCUGAUGGACAACCCCACGCUCUACCUGGAGAAAUACCUCCACGAGCUCAUCCCGGCCGUCAUGACGUGCAUCGUGAGCCGGCAGCUCUGCCUCCGCCCCGACGUGGACAACCACUGGGCGCUGCGCGACUUCGCCGCCCGCCUCGUCGCCCAGGUCUGCAAGAACUUCAGCACCACCACGAACAACAUCCAGUCCCGCAUCACCAAGACCUUCACCAAGAGCUGGGUGGACGAGAAGACGCCCUGGACCACGCGCUACGGCUCCAUCGCGGGGCUGGCCGAGCUGGGCCACGACGUCAUCAAGACGCUGAUCCUGCCCCGGCUGCAAGUGGAGGGCGAGCGGGUGCGGAGCAUCCUGGAGGGCCCCGUGGUCAGCAACAUCGACAAGAUCGGCGCCGACCACGUCCAGACGCUGCUGCUGAAACACUGCGCCCCGGUGCUGGCCAAGAUCCGGCCGCCCCCGGACAACCAGGACUCCUACAAGAGCGACUUUGGGUACCUGGGAGCGCUGCUCUGCACCCACGUGGUGAAGGCGCGGGCGCAGGCCGCCAUGCAGGCCCAGCAGGUCAACCGCACCACGCUCACCAUCACGCAGCCGCGGCCCACGCUGACGCUGUCGCAGGCGCCCCAGGGCCAGGGGGGGCCCCCGCGGCCCCCCAGCAUCAUCAAGGUGCCCAGCGCCAUCACGCUGCCCGUGCAGACGCUGGUGUCGGGGCGCCCCGGCACCCCCACGCAGCCCUCGCCGCCCCCCACCAAGUUCAUCGUCAUGUCCUCGGCCUCGGGGACCAGCGCCUCCCAGCAGGUGAUCACCUUCAGCACGAGCCCGGCGCCCACGGCCACGUCGCCGGUGACCACGACGGUGCCCAGCGUGCAGCCCGUGGUGAAGCUGGUGUCGGCGGCGCCCACGGCCCCCAGCGCCACCGUCACCGGCAGCGUCCAGAAGUACAUCGUGGUGUCCCUGCCGCCCGCCGGCGAAGGCAAGGCCGGCGCGGGCGCCCCGCCGGGCGCCGGCACCCCGGGCCCCCAGCUGUCCCCCUCGGCCACCGCGUCCCCCGGCGCCGCCGCCGCCGUCUCCGCCGUCCCCGCCGUCCCCGCCGCCAAGCCCGAGCCCGGGGACAGUCCCCAGCCGUCCUCCGCCCCCUUCGGCAAGGCCAACGGGGCCCCCGGCACCGUGGCCCAGUCUCCCCAGUCUACCCAGUGACGCUGCGGAGCCCCUCUGUGGGGGAGGGGGGGAGCGGGGAG